GGCAGUGCAGCCUGGACCGCGCGGGGCAGGCUGGGACUUGUAGUCAGCCUCCCAGCAGUCCCCGCGCGGCGCGGUGCCAUGGCGCCCACGAUACAGAACGCUCAGCGGGAAGACGGACACAGGUCCAAUGCACACAGAGCCGCGCCUGAGAGGUCCGGAGUUGUGUGUCGAGUCAAAUACUGCAAUUCUCUGCCCGAUAUUCCCUUUGACCCCAAAUUUGUGACAUAUCCGUUUGAUCCCAACAGGUUUGUACAGUAUAAAGCUACCUCUCUUGAAAAACAGCACAAACAUGAACUGUUGACAGAGCCAGAUCUAGGAGUAGUGAUUGAUCUGAUUAAUCCAGAUACGUACAGGAUCGAUAGCAAUGUAAUCCUCGACGUUGCAGAUGAGAAAUUACUGGAGGAAGACAUUCAGGCGCCGACCAGUUCUAAACGGUCGCAGCAGCAUGCCAAGGUCGUGCCGUGGAUGAGGAAGACAGAAUACAUCUCCACUGAGUUUAAUCGCUAUGGAAUCUCCAAUGAGAAACCUGAAGUCAAGAUUGGUGUUUCUGUCAAGCAGCAGUUUACAGAAGAAGAGAUCUACAAGGACCGUGACAGCCAGAUAGCAGCAAUUGAAAAGACCUUUGUUGAUGCAAAUAAAGAGGUCACUCAACAUUACAGCAAACCUCGCGUUACCCCUGUGGAAGUAAUGCCCGUCUUUCCUGAUUUUAAGAUGUGGAUAAACCCAUGUGCGCAAGUCAUAUUUGACUCUGACCCAGCCCCGAAAGAAAUCGUUGGUUCUGGUGCCGUGGAAAUGAUGUCCCAGGCUAUGAUCAGGGGCAUGAUGGACGAGGAAGGAAACCAGUUUGUUGCUUACUUCCUUCCCAGCGAGGAAACCAUUAGGAAACGGAAACGAGACGACGAUGAAUGUAUUGAUUACAUGCCUGAGGAUGUAUACGAGUACAAAAUAUCCAGAGAAUACAAUUGGAAUGUGAAGAACAAAGCCAGUAAAGGAUACGAGGAGAACUAUUUCUUCAUCUUCCGUGAUGGAGACGGAGUCUACUACAAUGAGUUGGAGACCAGAGUGCGUCUGAGCAAGCGGCGUGCAAAGGGGGGCCAUGGUGUGCAGUCAAACACCAAUGCAGUGUUGGUGGUAAAGCACCGAGACAUGAAUGAGAAGGAAUUGGAGGCUCAGGAUGCCAGAAGAGCUCAGCUGGAGAACCAUGAACCAGAGGAUGAAGAGGAUUUGGAACGCAACAAACGCAUCGUGGGAUCAGAUGAUGAAAAGGACAAGGAGAGUGGGAGUGAGAAGGCUCCGAGCGGGGAUGAGCACUCGGGGAGUGAGAGCGAGCGGGAGGAGGAGGACAACAAGGCCAGCAGCAAGAGUGGCGGCAGCGAUAGCGACAGCGGCGGGGAGGACCAGCAGGCUCGCGAGGCCCGCGACAAGGAGGAGAUCUUCGGCAGCGACGCCGACAGCGGCGAAGAGGGCCGGCAGAAAGGGAGCGGCCAGGAGGAGAGCGGCAGCGAGGGCGAGCAGCGCAGCGAAGAGGAGGACGAGCGGCGCAGCAGGAGCCCGUCCAACAGCGGCAGCGAGCACUCGGACAACGAGAACCAGCGGCCCGCGCAGAGCGGCAGCGAGCAGGGCUCGGAGUCCAGCGAGAAUGAGGAGAGUGGCAGCGAGAGUGACUGAAGAGCUGGUGGGCCCUGAUCAGCCUGCAGUGGGUUCCAAUGGACAGACCCACAAUCUUAUAAACUCAGAGACUCUGGCAAUCUCCCUUCCCCUCCCCUCACCCCCACCCUCCCAUUCCACAUAUUUGGUGAGUAUUGCAUAGUAAGGUACAAACUGAUCCUUGAGUGAUUGACCCAGUGGUGUCGAGAGAUGGGCAUGCUUCUGUCAACAUCCAGCUAACUGCUGGCGUUAAUACUCAUUUUUAUAAGCAUUUGUAUAAAACCGCAUCAUUCUAUAGCACCCAAAAUAGAGAUUAAAAGCCCGUGUGUUAAAGCUAA